CGGUGUCCCCGCCAUGCCGCUGCAGUUCGAGCUGUGCCCCGGCAGGCUCGUCGGCCGAGACCAGCCGUGCUUUAUUAUCGCCGAGAUCGGGCAGAAUCAUCAGGGGGACCUCGAGAUCGCCAAGCAGAUGAUCCGCGUGGCCAAGGAGUGUGGUGCAGAUUGUGCCAAGUUCCAGAAAAGUGAACUAGAACACAAAUUCAAUAAGAAAGCUUUGGAGAGGCCCUACACGUCCAAGCACUCUUGGGGGAAAACCUAUGGAGAGCACAAGCGCCACCUGGAGUUCAGUCAUGACCAGUACCGAGAGCUGCAGCGAUACGCAAAGGAGAUUGGCAUUUACUUUACCGCCUCAGGCAUGGAUGAGAUGGCGGUAGAAUUUCUGCAUGAACUGGAUGUUCCAUUUUUUAAAGUAGGAUCAGGAGACACUAACAAUUUCCCAUACUUGGAAAAAACAGCCAAAAAAGGUCGCCCAAUGGUGAUUUCUAGCGGGAUGCAGUCAAUGAGCACAAUGCGGCAAGUUUACCAGCUGGUGAAGCCCCUCAACCCAAACUUCUGCUUUCUUCAGUGCACCAGUGCAUACCCUCUUCAGCCUGAAGAUGUCAACCUUCGUGUCAUAACGGAAUAUCAGUCCGCUUUCCCAGAUAUUCCAAUUGGCUAUUCUGGUCAUGAGACCGGAAUAGCCAUUUCUAUCGCAGCAGUUGCAAUGGGAGCUAAAGUGCUGGAACGCCACAUGACCCUGGACAAGACCUGGAAAGGAAGUGAUCAUCAGGCAUCCCUGGAGCCCAAAGAGUUAGCAGAGCUGGUGAGAAGCAUCCGGAUGGUGGAGAAAGCCAUGGGCUCCCCAGUCAAGCAGCUUUUGCCCUGUGAAGUGGCUUGCAAUGAAAAGCUGGGAAAGUCUGUAGUUGCCAAAGUCCGGAUCCCUGAAGGCACGACUCUUACUCUGGACAUGCUUGCAGUCAAGGUGGCAGAGCCCAAAGGAUGCCAUCCAGAAGACAUCUUUGACCUGGUUGGCAAGAAGGUCAAGGUCAAUAUUGAUGAAGACGAAACCAUUCUUGAAGACGCCAUUGAAAACCAUGGGAAAAAAGUAAAAUGCUGAAGGUGGCUCCUGUGGAAGGGAUUCUCCCUGCAAAGCGCGGUGGCAAUACUCUGAAAUCCUAAAAUGCUUUUACGUUCAAUUUGGAGGAGGGAACCCAAGGAGAUUUUUCUUUCUGGUAGGCAAAUGGGCUAAGGCAGCGACUCUGGCUUUCUGAAGAAGGGGCUUUCAUGGGAAUAGGGCAGAGUAGAGUACUUCUAGAAGGUUCUUCAGGUUUUUAUUGCUGGAAAUUUUAAGGCACGACACAAUUAACCUUUCAGAGUGAGUAUUUUUGAGAAGAUAAUGGGGGCUUUCGGAAAAGGGUAAGUGCUGUGAGGGCCUCCCAGUGGAGCGUUAUGAGUUCCUGAUGGUGCCGUUCAGUUUGACUCCACUAACGUUGGGAAUUCAUGACAAGAGCGAGAGGCUGCUGUGUUAGCAAGGAACAGGUCAGGAGUGAGCUUCCAUACCCUCAUCGUCCUCUUUUGUCAUCUUUAUUACAUUUUGGUGAGACGGGAAAGAGUAAAAUGCAUAUGAGCUGUACCUCAAGCUAUGAAGUGACCAGUUACCUGGUCACCUGUGGUGAAUAUGUAGUACCUCAGAGCCUGAACUUGAGACCUUGCUUUCAAAAAAGUGAUUGAAAUUAUAGUUCUAAGACCUUGAAAAGUAGUUAGUUGCUUUAAAUAGUUGCAGUUUUUUUUAGAAGGAACACUUCACUCCCAUUUUGCUAGGAAGGAACUACGUCUAGUUACUUUUGAAGUACAUUGAAGUGUUAAAAGCUGCUGACCUGCUGUACCAAAUGCUUUCUCUACCUGUCCGUCCUAUCAUUUCUUCAGAAGCCACAACAAAAAAUGAAACAGCAGCAUGAGCUCGCA